AGCAACUGUUUACUUACUGUAAACUCAAGAAGCCGCUGGCUGGUCAGUGUUGCGCUUGACAUCAGAUGAGAUGUGGGUUACAUCACAGCUGUGUGUCCCACAGUUUCUUCCAAAUGCUAUUCUGCACUAACAUAAGAAAGAAACUCAGUUUCCUUGAGUAACUUCAUAAUCCACUUUCCUGAACUAUCCAGGAGGCAGCUAAGUGAGGCUGAGGGACAGGCACUGUCUGGCCACCACACUUUUAAGCAAUCACUUCUAUCUUGUCCACUUACAGUUCCUUAGAAGCAGUGAAUGUCUUGAAACUAGAGCGGGCACUAGUCACUUUGAGACUAUGCGUUCGCAUCCCCAGGCUCGGAAGGCUGGGUUAGCUGAAUGGGGUGCAGCCGCAGCAGUCCCAGUGAAAGUUGGCACUUUUGCCUAGGUCAGCACGAAAGCCGAAGCCAGGCCAAGCCGGGCAGAAUCUCGAACGCCAUCAUUUUCCGUCCUCCACUGGCUCCCACUCUCGGGUGGCGCCCCGCAGAUCCGGAGCCCGCAGGGCAGGAGAGACCCGGGUGGCGGCGCCCCGCGUGGCCGCGCACACCCGCCGGUGCAGACUCCGGCCCGCAAGCCCCGCCUCCCGGGCCCAGCUGAUCCGCGCCGCCCUGCAGGCCCCACACUUCGGCCCCGCCGAGCCUCACGCCGCCCGCGCCCGCUGCCCCCGCGCCGCGGAUCCCGGUCCCGACCGUGCACCUUGGGCUGCGCGCACGCGCGCGCGCGCCGGGAGGGCAGCGGGAGGCGGGGCGGCCUGCACGGUGCUGCGGAGCCGAGAGUGGCGCGGCCUCGCCGCGGCCAUGGAGGUCUACAUCCCGUCCUUUCGCCACGAGGACAGCGAUCUGGAGCGCGGCUACACGGUGUUUAAGAUAGAAGUGCUAAUGAAUGGAAGAAAGCAUUUUGUUGAGAAAAGGUACAGCGAAUUCCAUGCCUUGCACAAAAAGCUUAAGAAAUGUAUAAAGACUCCAGAAAUCCCUUCUAAACACGUCAGGAACUGGGUCCCCAAAGUCCUGGAACAACGGCGGCAAGGCCUGGAGACAUAUUUGCAGGCCGUCAUUUUGGAGAACGAAGAACUUCCCAAACUCUUCCUUGAUUUCCUCAAUGUCAGACACUUGCCCUCUCUACCAAAGGCAGAAAGUUGUGGAUCUUUUGAUGAGACAGAAUCUGAAGAGUCAAGCAAGCUGUCCCACCAGCCGGUGCUGCUGUUCCUCGGGGAUCCAUACGUCUUGCCUGCAGCCAGCGCCUAUUUUGAAUUAGAGAAAAGAAGGGAUAAAGAUUUUCCCAAUGUGGUCAUCGAAGGAGUUCUUCAUGGAAUAUUUUAUUCUCAUCUGCAGCCCAGGUAGAAGCCCUACCUGGCUGGAAGAAGCUGAAGCAAGUUUCAGUGUCAAUGGCAAGAACAUCAAUAGCUCGACCAACUUAACUGAAACUCUGUGACACAAUAGCUCUAGCUAGUGGGAAAAUCCAGUCCUCGCUUCCUUCAGAACAGGGACAUUUCUAUUAGAAUGGUGCUUUUAAAAUUAGAAACUGAACCAGGGCAGCAGCUUAUGUCCAAUUGUUGGAGUAAAAAAGGGAGAUUCCAACAUGGGAAGUCAGGACAAGGAAGCCGCAAUGGAUUACUGGGGGCACCGAGUGUCACCAAACAGAACCAUCUCUGCUUCAACUGCACCAUUUGCUAAUUGGAAAUCAUAUCCUGAGUCCUGCUGACCCUGAGUGACUUUGGUGGCCUUUUGUUUGGACCUUGACAACACUCAUCUUUACAUCAUGAGAUUUUUCUCGGAGGGGGAUACCGUAUUCAGGGGUGCUGGCACCAAAAGAGGGCCCUGGAACCCACUGCUCAGUGUGAGGAAAAAGCCAGCCUGGAAAUCCAGUUUUACUGACAGUAGAAUGCACUGAAGACUAGAUAGAAUACGUUUAGUUCCCACUUCAGGGGUGUUCCCUCCCACCUACGGGUUGGCUUCCAGCAUCGGUGCUUGAGAUGAAAUGGGGUGUUGGCGCAAUCCUUGAGCGUCCCCUAGGAAGACACUAUACCGGAAGUCUGGCCUCCCCUUUUUUCCUCUAGUAUUGGAAAGUAUGAGUGCCCCGCUGAAGGCUGGUUGGCACCCCAGUGAAGUCCCAGGGGCCCUUUCCUGUAGGAAGAACACGUUUUAAACACUCGCCUCACACUACAAGUUCAUGUACCAGUGCGAGUCAGAUGUGAGUUGACACUGGUGGCAGCAGGCACAGAUGAACUGUUUGUGUCUGGGUUUCCUCCCUGGUGUACAGUCAGGGUAUUGCCACAGGCUUUUGUGGGGUUGUUCUUCCAGAUUUCUCUUCGCUGGCAUCAUGUAUGGAUUAAUGUGAGUUCGAUAUUUGAUGAUGUCUUCUCUACUGGGUGUCAAACAGAUGGUCAUCUUUUGUAGAAUGUAUGUCCUACCUGUGUGUAUGUACUGAUGAACAUAACCUACUUAUGGUUAUAAAUUUUCAUAAAUUUAAAUGUUGGAGAAACAUGUACAGUUGAAAGUACCAUGUCAUGAAUUUUUAUUAGCGUCUAACCCCACAGAUUGAAGGCCUGCUGUGAACUUUUAAAGAUAACGUUUUUACAAUUGAUUGCGUAAUUACAUGUUAGAAAUAAAGUAAUCAAGUGUCGUCAGUGAAAAAUAGCUAAAUGGUGAAGUAUUAGAGAUAAUUUUUAAAAUGUUUUUAUGUUACUAGCUAUUUUGAGUUAAAUAAAAGUGAACAAAAGUAUUUGAAUUUGUGCUUUUCCCAGAAUUCCUGGAGACACAGAUUUUGUCUCUUUCUACAUGUGCACAAAACACAAACUCAACCACUCUCACAUAUCAGUAGACAUAUAUUUCUAACCUGACGGGGUGGUCAAUGACCUCAUCCAUUAUAAGAUGAUUGUUGUUCAUUAAACACUUUGAUUUACCAAGUUCAAAUCUUUUUAAAUAAAUAAAGACCAAACAUUUAUGAUGGUAUGUUACUCACGAAAUCUUUGAGCUGAUAAUGGUGGCUCACACCUGUGAUC